UAAACGACCUCGCCAUGCGCCCGCGCAGUACCAAACGCCGCGCAAAACGCGAACGUAGCACAUAUUAUAAUUUUCGAAUCGAAUUAACGAAAAGGACCACCUAAAUAAUAAUGGUGAGUUGCCUAAAAGAAUUGAUUGGCAGUGUAAAGUAUUAAUAAUUGUGUUUCCAGUUAUUGUGAUGUGAAGCGACCAUGAAGUUUUCUAUUGAUGUACUUGGAGUGUUUUUGAAAAUUGUAAUUAGGGUAAAUAGAGAUACAUUCGCGCCUUUAGUGGUAUCAACACUCUUUAUCCUGCUGACAUCGAUUCUAGCGCAUUGCGCUCGACGUCUGGUGCAGAAUAUAGUGAAAGACCCCUUCGUCAGGUUACUCUUUGAGGAGGCAAUAGCAGCAGCUGAACUAUGUGGCUGUUGCUUUGAGUUGAUAGUCGUUGCUGACAACUUUGGUGUAGCCACAUACGCGGUAUACCUUUUCGCACUCACUAUCUGGUGGUCACUGAACUGGGGAGAGGCAACAGCCUGCCCCUAUACACACAUUGAGGAUGUCAUUGAAGGUCGAGGAGAUGUUCGCAAAGCUAUACUCAAGACUUGGGCGGAGUUGGGCGGCGGAAUGCUCGUGUUCAAGUACGUGCAAAUGUAUUGGGCGCUAGAGAUCUCUGACACGCACAAGGAUAAGGCAGUAGAGGACUGUUCGGCUGAUCUACAGGUGCCCGUGUUAUAUGGCGCCUUGGUGGAGGGCAUAGCGACAUGUCUAUGCAGACUGGCUUCAAGGGCCUUGGGGGAUCUGAAUCCUAGAUUUGCCACCGCAAUCGACGCUUUUAUAGGAACCUCUCUAGUAGUAGCCGCUUUCGACUAUUCCGGCGGCUACUUCAAUCCUGUGUUAGCAACGUCACUGAAAGCCGGUUGCCAUGGACACUCACUGUCAGAAUUCGCCACUGUCUACUGGGCUGGCGCGUGCGCUGGUUCUAUUGUCUCUGUUUACCUGUACAAACUUCCAACAAUUCAGGAGUAUAUUCGAGGAACGACCGAGGUCAAUGGAGACAGCAUUUGGGCUGGAAAAGAAGAUUAAAAUGUUUUUAAAUUGUCAAUUAUAAUUGUUAUCUCGUCCCAUCCUAAUUGUAACACAAGGGCACAGUUAUUAAAUUUUGUAAUAUUCUUCAGUUAGUACUGAGCCCAAUUUGACUAUCUAUAAGCGCUAAAUUUCAGAACAAGACCAUCUUUUAAUUUGUCGUCGCUUUGACUCCUUCCACACGGUUCCAAACAGGAUACGGUAAUGGUAGAAACAUUUCCUUUCCAUUCAACUAAAGUUGAAGGGCAUACACAACUUAUAUGAUAAAUGUUUAUAUUAUACUAUUUGUAUAAUUACUGGUCAUUGUUAUAAUUUUAUUCUAGUCAGUCCAUCGGAUAGUUGCUAUAUGUUAUGAUGGCGCCUAUAAUUUAUUAUUGUGUUAAUUUAUUUAUACAUAGCAGUCUCAAGUACAAUUAAACUAUAAUAAGUGCUACGAAUUUUGUAAAUAAAUUUUUAAUCAAAUUUGAGUUUUUUUCCGUUCAAAUGUAUAGACUAGGUACGAUAUAUUUCUAUUAAGCAAGUGAAUUUGGUUGAGAUUUGAAAAUUUUGACAGAAAAUCAGUUGCCUCAAUUAACUUAAGAAACUAAUAAUAGUUUCGUUCAAAUCUCCAAUUAUAUCUAAUCUGCUUAUGAUAUAUUAAGUAAAAAGUUUUGGUGACGUUUAAAAUAAAAAUCUGUCCAUUUUACAUGACACUUCCAUUAUACGAAAUGCGUAUAAUUAUAUUCAAUAUAUACCUUUUAGGCAGAUUUUCUAAUAUAUAUACUUUGGUAGUAGAAUUUUUAGAUACGACUUUGUAUUUUGUUUCUUCGCUACUCUGUCACGGCACGGAUCGUCCAGUUUUGAAUAUCAUGUUAUAGAAAAUCAAACAAAUCAAUUUUUUUAUCAUAGAUAUAAAGCUAUAUUUUAAUAUUGCAUUCAUUAAUAAUUAGUAUAUACGUUUCUUUCUAUAUAUCUAAGAUAUAUAGAUGUUUCCUCACACUGUGUCAGCAUAUAUGCAAAUAUUAAUUGUAUGAUACCCAGUAUUCGAACGCCACAAAGUCAAAAAGUCACUCAUUUAACCGUUAAAGCGAUAUCAGGUAAAAGUCAUGAUAAAAUAUUUGACUUGAAGCAACUAAAUAAACAUGUUCAGAAUAAUUUCCAUAAAACUAAGCUUUUAUUUUUUUAGUGAAAUGAAAAUCCAUCCAUGAUCAAACAGUAUUUUUGGUUGUUAGUUCUAUCAUGGUAAUACGGAAUGAAAUUAUUUACUUUUUGAUAUUCUAUCAUGGAGAUACCUUGAUUCCCUAUAUUUAUGUACCAACAUACAAUCCC